AUGAAGAGCUGGCUGGAAACAGCGAGCACAGCUGAAGAUGGCUCAUUAUCGUGCAUGCUGGCGGAGCCGCGCGAGGCGCUGUUACCCAUUACGGGAAGAGAAAACUUGGCUCCCAGAAGACGAGACAGAUCGUUAGAACCGUGUGCAUUAUCAGAAGAGGCUUACCUGUCAAGCGGGACUGGGUCGCCGUGCGCCGGAUUGUCUCGAGAAGAGAGGAGAAGACGACGCCGCGCCACGCUCAAAUACCGCACAGCCCACGCCACCCGCGAGAGGAUUCGCGUUGAAGCCUUCAAUGCUGCUUUCGCUUCCCUCAGACGACUUCUCCCCACUCUACCCCCAGAUAAAAAACUAUCCAAAAUAGAAAUUCUACGUUUAGCUAUUUGUUACAUCGCUUACUUGAAUCACGUGUUAGAUGCUUAAUUUUUGACUUAUUCUUUAGCUGGAUU